AUGGACCCCCGCUGUGUGGAUCGCACGACGAAGUACCAAGAUAUGAUCGCUCAGAUACGUGAAAACUUCUCUGCACGCACACUAGACGGUCGAAUUCAGAUUGACGUUUCAACUCAUGCCGAGAUGGACCCCAUUGCUGCUUUUUUCCCUAUGUAUUGCCCGGAGCCACGCGCCACGUUCUUUCGUCUUCCAACCCUUCGACCGUCGAUGAUAUGGGUUCUGGGAGAGAAAAGCUAUCUUCGACUCGAUGAGGUCCGUGAAGGGAUCAAAAUAUGUGGUCACGGCAUUGGAGGGAGUGGAGGAGACUCGCAGGGGAAGGUAAAAGAAGCCGUGAUACCAAAGGGCAGCCAUCUAUUCCCUUUUGAAAAUGUGGCCGAGGCCGCUGAAAUUAGUUCCGCAUAG